UCCGGCAUCACAUGUGAUGUGAUUUUAAGCUGCCAUCUGCUCGGCGUGGAUUGAUAACCGUAUUUGGCAUCUCCUUGUCUACGCAGUGGAGAGUGCCAUGCUCCGGCCGGCGACCUCUCUCUCUGUGGCUGCGCCCACGCUCCCUACCAUCUCCCGCCUCGGCCGUGGCGCGGCUCCGCCUCUCAGGGGCAGAAGGUCGGGCACCACCGUGCGCGCGCGCAUGCCGCUGGAGCAGCAGCAGGUAACGCUGCCGUCGCUGGCGCACCGGGAGGUAGCGCGAGCGCUGGCAGCCGAGGCGGCAGCAGCCGUGCCGCUGCUGCCGUCGGCUGUGCCCGUCGACGUAGCCGACUUCCGGAACAGCGCUGGGACCGCCGUCGGCACGCUGGACGUGCGCCGAGGCGAGCCUGCCUCGUCGAUUGAUUUCAUGCUGCACUCGUCACUUCACUGCAAAGUCCCAAAUGGCGCAAUCGACAUUACGUCGGUCCUUAUUUUCCUAAAUGCCUUGACGGAUGCACCACAUUUCCUCAUGGAGUUCAUACAAGGCAGCCCAACUUCAAUGGUUGUGAUUCUUGAUCUGCUCCCACGGAAAGACCUCGCGCUCCACCCGGAGUACCUCCAAAAGUACUAUGAACAUACUCACUUGGACAAGCAACGUGAGAAGAUCGAAGAAUUGCCACAAACCCGUCCAUACCGGUCGCCAUCGCUCUUUGUGCGCAGUGCAUGUUCUCCAACAGCGGUGUCGGUCACCAUCGAUUGCGGGCAAGGAGGGGAGGGUACCUUGGAAGAGAUAGUGUGUGGUCAUCUGGCAUCAGCUGUGAAGGAGGUUCUUCAAAUCUGGCUUCAUAGUUGUGCUCGUGACACCUCCGAAAUGGAAGAGGCCGAGAGGGAGAUCAUGAUCAAAAGGGACCAAGUUGUAAGAUCGAAAUCAAUCGAGGUCGACCUAACUGCAAAUUUGCCUAGGAUGUUUGGUCCCGAUGUGUCUGGCCACAUCAUUGCUGAAAUCCGUAAGACCUUUGGGGUACAACUACAAGAGGCCUAGGAUUCAGAAGCAGAAAUGUAAUCAUUUUGCAUCCAAUGAUAACCUGUUGUAAAAUCUGUGAGUUGUAAGCAGUGUAUGGCAUCAUUUUGUGCUGCAGAAAGCGACUUCCUACUAAGUAGCGAUGCGAAUAAGAUAGUAUUUUUGUUCACAAA